AUGGACCCCAACUGCUCCUGUGCCUCAGAUGGGUCCUGUUCCUGUGCUGGCUCCUGCAAAUGCAAACAAUGCAGUUGCACCUCCUGCAAGAAAACCUGA